AUGAGGCCGGCGUUCGCCCUGUGCCUCCUCUGGCAGGCGUUCUGGCCCCGGCCCGGCCGUGGCGAGCACCCCACCGCCGAUCGCGCGGGCUGUUCCGCCCCUGGGGCCUGCUACAGUCUGCACCAUACGACCAUCAAGCGGCUGGCGGCCCAGGAGGCCUGCAACCUGCGCGGUGGGGCGCUCAGCACAGUGCGCGGGGGCUCUGAGCUCCGUGCGGUGCUUGCUCUCCUGAGAGCCGGACCGGAGCCCGGAGGGGGCUCCAAAGACCUUCUGUUUUGGGUGGCGCUGGAGCGCGGGCGAUCCCACUGCACCCUGAAGGACGAGCCGUUGCGGGGUUUCUCUUGGUUGUCCCCCGACGUUGGCGGGUUGGGAAGUGACACGCUGCAGUGGGUGCAGGAGCCCCAACUCUCCUGCACUGUGCGGAGUUGCGCGGCACUCCAGGCCACCGGGGGUGUCGAGCCGGCAGGCUGGAAGGAGAUGCGCUGCCACUCGCGCGCCAACGGCUACCUGUGCAAGUACCAGUUCGAGGGCUUGUGUCCCGCGCCGCUCCCCGGGGCCGCUUCUAACUUGAGCUACCGCGCACCCUUCCAGCUGUCCAGCGCGGCGCUGGACUUCAGUCCCCCCGGGACCCAGCUGAGUGCGCACUGCCCUGGCCAGCAAUCCAUCACAACCACCUGCAUCGUGGACGAGGUCAGUGCUCGCUGGGAUGGGAUACCCUCCGGGGCCGUGCUCUGUCCCUGCCCCGGGAGGUACCUCCGUGCAGGCAAAUGCACAGAGCUCUCUAAUUGCCUAGAUGACUUGGAAGGCUUUGUCUGCGAGUGUGCUUCGGGCUUCGCACUGGGGAAAGACGGACGCUCUUGCGUAACCAAUGGAGAAGGACAGCCGGACCCUGGGGGAACCAAGGUGCCCACCACGUACCCGCCAGCCACUGCAGCCAGCCCGGUGCAGAGGAGAACAUGGUCACCCAAGGUGCAUGAGAAACCAGGAGAUAAUCCCCAAGUACCUGGACAAGGCAAUUCAGCAACAUAUAUUCCCGAGAUUCCUGGGUGGAGAGCACAGAGCACGACGCCCACCCUUGAAAUGUCUCCUCAAACCAACUCAACGGCCGCCAUCACUUCAGAGAGUGUGAUUCCCAAGUCUAAUUACACGUCUUCCUCUGACAUCCCCCAGGCUUUGGAUUCCUCCUCCACCGUGGUCUUCAUACUUGUGAGCAUAGCAGUAGUAGUGUUGGUGAUCUUGACCAUGACAGUACUGGGGCUUUUCAAACUCUGCUUUCACAAAAGCCCUUCCUCGAGGCCACAAAAGGGGCCUUUGGCCCCUCCAGGCGUGGAGAGUGAUGCUGAGGCCACUGCCCUGAGCUCCAAUCAGCACGUUGGGCAGACAGUGGGGUGAAGGGCGCAGUCUUCGGCACAGAGCAGAGGGAGUUUCACUGACUGGGUCCUCUUUCGACUCCGGAGACACAGAGGGAAAAGGGACAGUGAGCAGUUUUUCACUUGCAAUGCAAAGGGAAAAGGAGAAGAGGAGCUUAUCUGUGGAACUGAUGAUUCCUACAGAAGUUCCCUUCCCCUAAAUUCCCUCUACUUCGUGGAGGAGCUACAUCUGAACUGGAUGCUCCUUCUCUAGUAUGGAAGAGGGGGGAGUGCCUUAGGUGGUACUGGGGCCCAGGAUUCUGCUGGGGAGAGGUAUUUUCUUGUGUUUAUCCUGGGGGAGUUGAAAAGGUGAUUGAACUUUUUAAGACAUUGGAAGCACAUAGAAAACAAUACAAUAUUUUAUAUUUUACCGCGAUAGAAAGAAAAACGCUGCCUACUUUGUUCAGACUGGGAGUAUACUGGUUUAAAAUUCCCAAGCAAAAAAAUAAAGAAUUGUUCAUAACCCAAAGUAAAAUAUCGCUGGUUUACUGGAGGAAUAAUUAUUUAGGAAGAACAGCUGAAGGGAACACUGGGCAUAGCAACAAGAGCACAUCCUGCUUUUAGGUUGA